UGUUUCAUUCCAUGAUAAGCAAAAAUCGCGCGCUCUUUCAUUGUCAACUCAUUUGUUGUUGUGAACAUUCAAAGUUCUUCGCUUUAAUUCCAUAAAGAGAAAGUUUGAAGUGGUCUCUAUACGUUGCUUCUCGCACGUACUACGUUCAUCAUGGAAUAUGCAUAUAUCGACGAAACCCUCGCCAACAUCCACCUCAACAAGCAGCAGCAGAACCGAAGGGAACGCAACGGCAACCUCCCGAAAGUGAGCAGCACAACCACGGUGUUCCAGCUCAAACAGGAAAGCGUCAAAAGGACCGGAAGCUUCGUCGUCGGCCAAAAGCUCCGCGAGUCCAAGUGGUUCACACACGCGGAAAUGAGCGUUUUUUGCGCCGUGGUCGAAUCGGGGUUCAUCGUCGAACAGAAGGAAAACGACGCUUCGAAGUACGGGGUGGCGAUUUGGGCGCCCAACUACGAAAAGAGCAAAAAUCCGGAAUAUCUAACGAUCUACACAAUCAGCGAAACCAAAGGUAAAUUCAAAGUCCUGCCCUGCAAAUUGGUCGAGUUCUGGCCCGAGGGCACUUGUGUCAAAAUCAACAAUAAAUGUGACAAGACGGAGACGCCACUACCGGAAGACACCGUCCGGAAUCAGAUUCUCGCGGCCGAGAAUUCGAAACGGAAGUGGCACAAUACCGAACAUUUCGCCUAUUAUUGUCGGUACGGCCCUGUCGCGACCAACGUCAGAAUGCGAAAGAUUACGGAUCAACUGCGACUAAACACCGGCGGGUUCUUCCUGAAAAUUCGAAGUCUGACAGCUAAAUAAUCCCUUAGGUUACGUGACCAAGACAAGAUUGUAUAAAACUUAGUAUUAUGUUAAAUUUAAGACUGUUAUUUAUUUCUUUUAUAUCGACUUGUAACGACUUAUUUUUUAUAAAAGUUGUAGUUAGGUUUAAAUAAAAAAUGACGAUUGGAUUAAA